AUGAAAUUUAUGAAACUUUCUCUGCUGGCGUCCAUGCCAGGUGCCAUUAUGGCACAAAACUUGACCCAACUUCUGUCCAACACAACUCAGUUGUCGAGUCUGAAUACCUUGUUGUCUAGUUAUCCUACGAUUGUGAACUCUCUUGGCAAUAUCACAAACGUCACUAUUCUGGCGCCCUCUAAUAAUGCAUUGUCGAAUCUCACCGACAGCCGGGGGUUGGAGGCGUUGGCAUCGACUAACAACCGAUCCGUCAUCGACCUUUUGAGCUACCAUAUCCUUCGGGGCGAAUAUUAUGACUCUAACAUCACCCAAACACCGGUGUUCAUACCGACUUAUUUGAAUGAUUCGGUGGUGACCAACGUUACUGGUGGCCAGGUGGUGGAGGCAAUCAAGCAAGAUAACGAUACUUAUUUCUUCUCUGGCUUGUUCUCAAAUUCGACAGUAACCCAAGCUAAUCUUAAUUUCACCGGCGGUGUAUUGCACAUCAUCGACAAGGUCCUUUCUAUUCCAUCGAACGUAACUUACUCUGCUGCAACAGCCGGUCUGAGCGCCGUAGUAGGCGCCCUGCGUGCAGAUAACUUGACAGACAGCGUUGACACUACGCCGAACGUAACUGUUUUCGCUCCAGAAAAUUCUGCCUUUCAGGCAAUUGGUUCUGCUCUUGGGAACUUCACCACCGAUCAGCUUACCGGUGUUCUUGACUACCAUGUCAUUAACGGACAAGUUGCCUAUUCAACAAACUUGACAAACGGUACUCAAUUUACUGCUGUCAAUGGCCGGAAUUUGACUGUCCGUGUUGAGAAUGGAUCUAUUUUUGUCGAUUCGGCUAGGGUGACCAGGCCUAAUCUGCUUGUCGCCAACGGUGUGCUACAUGUCAUUGACAACGUUCUCAACCCGAACAACACUUCUGCGACUCCCAACGCAACCGCCACUUCCCAAGUCCCAGCCUUCUCUGGCGCAUCUUCGGCAAGCUCUAUUCCGUUCACAAGCGGAGUAACAGCCAGCGCCACAGCUACUGGAAGUGGUGCUGGCGCCGGUGCUGGAGUAACUGGAACUUCUGGAGCUUCUGGCACCUCGACGUCAUCCGCUGCUGCAAUGCCCAUGCGUACUGGCGGGCUUGGUGCUGCCGUGGUUGUCGGUGCUGGUGCUGCAUUGUUGAACGCUGAUAUCUUUUAA